CUUCCCCUUCCCUCCCUCACAUUUCUUCCCCUCCCCCUAUCCCCCUUUCCCUUUUCGUUCUCUCCCGUAGAGGCCGACCUCUGAGGCUUGAGUCUGGGGUCUGCUUGGUGAGAAGGAACUAUUGUAGUUGGAAUUAGGGAGGUGUGGGAAAUUAACUGAGAAGACAAUAGCAUGUCAUCCCGCCCUGGGUGCCUUGGUUUGGAUGCAGCAACAGCUGCAGUAGAGUCUGAAGAGAUUGCAGAGCUGCAACAAGCAGUGGUUGAGGAGCUGGGUAUCUCCAUGGAGGAACUUCGGCAGUUCAUUGAUGAAGAACUGGAAAAGAUGGAUUUUAUACAGCAACGCAAGAAGCAGCUAGCAGAGUUGGAGAUGUGGGUAAUACAGAAGGAAUCUGAGGUGGCCCAUGUUGACCAGCUCUUUGAUGAUGCCUCCAGGGCAGUGACUAAUUGUGAGUCUUUGGUGAAGGACUUUUACUCUAAAUUGGGACUACAGUACCGGGACAGUAGCUCUGAGGAUGAAGCUUCUCGACCUACAGAAAUAAUUGAGAUUCCUGAUGAAGAUGAUGAUGUUCUCAGUAUCGAUUCAGGUGAUGCUGGGAGCAGAACUCCAAAAGACCAGAAGCUUCGUGAAGCUAUGGCUGCCUUAAGGAAGUCAGCUCAAGAUGUCCAGAAGUUCAUGGAUGCCGUCAACAAGAAAAGCAGUUCUCAGGACCUACAUAAAGGAACCCUGAGUCAGAUGUCUGGAGAACUGAGUAAAGAUGGUGACCUGAUAGUCAAUAUGCGCAUUUUGGGCAAGAAGAGAACUAAGACAUGGCACAAAGGCACCCUUAUUGCCAUCUCGACAGUUGGGCCAGGAAAGAAGUACAAGGUGAAAUUUGACAACAAAGGAAAGAGUCUACUGUCAGGGAACCAUAUUGCCUAUGAUUACCACCCUCCUGCUGACAAGCUGUAUGUGGGCAGUCGAGUGGUGGCCAGAUACAAAGACCGGAAUCAGGUCUGGCUCUAUGCUGGCAUUGUAGCCGAGACACCAAACGUCAAAAACAAGCUCAGGUUUCUCAUUUUCUUUGACGAUGGCUAUGCUUCCUAUGUCACACAAUCUGAAUUGUAUCCUAUUUGCCGGCCACUGAAAAAGACUUGGGAGGACAUAGAAGAUAUCUCCUGCCGAGACUUCAUAGAGGAGUACAUCACUGCUUACCCCAACCGCCCCAUGGUGCUACUCAAGAGUGGCCAGCUUAUCAAGACUGAGUGGGAAGGCACAUGGUGGAAGUCCCGAGUAGAGGAGGUGGACGGCAGCCUAGUCAGGAUCCUCUUCCUGCAGUCACAACCAAGCCACACGGAAAAUCGACAAUACGGAGUCCAAAGGACAACUAGAUACUCGGCUGGACCGGUACGAGGAGCGAGGCCAGCAACAGAGCAGGAUGACAAAAGAUGUGAAUGGAUCUAUCGAGGCUCUACACGGCUAGAGCCCAUGUUCAGCAUGAAGACAUCCUCAGCCUCUACAUUGGAGAAGAAGCAAGGAGGACAGCUCAGGACACGUCCAAAUAUGGGUGCUGUGAGGAGCAAAGGCCCUGUGGUGCAGUAUACACAGGACCUAACCAGUACUGGAACCCAGUUUAAGCCAAUGGAGCUUUCACAGCCUACUGCCCCAAACAUCCCACCUGCUGCUACACCUGCCCCACCUGCUACACCCACCCCUCCUGCCCCACCUGUUCCACCUCUGUCUCCCCAGGCAGGUGACACUGAAAGCUUGGAAAGCCAGCUUGCCCAGUCACGGAAGCAGGUAGCCAAAAAGAGCACAUCUUUCCGACCAGGAUCUGUGGGUUCUGGUCAUUCCUCCCCUGCAUCCCCUGCACUCAGUGAAAAUGUCCCUGGUGGGAAACCUGGGAUCAACCAGACAUACAGAUCACCUUUAGGCUCAACAGCCUCUGCCCCAGCACCCCCAGCACCCCCAGCAUCCUCAGCAUCCACAGUUCUCCCAGCCCUUCCAGCCCUCCCAGCCUUCCAUGGCAUGCUGGAGCGGGCCCCAGCAGAGCCCUCCUACCGUGCGCCCAUGGAGAAGCUUUUCUACUUACCUCAUGUCUGCAGCUAUACUUGUCUGUCUCGAGUCAGACCUAUAAGAAGUGAGCAGUACCGGGGCAAGAACCCUCUGCUAGUACCACUACUUUAUGACUUCCGGCGGAUGACAGCCCGGCGCCGAGUUAACCGCAAAAUGGGCUUUCAUGUUAUCUAUAAGACACCUUGUGGCCUCUGCCUUCGGACAAUGCAGGAGAUCGAACGCUACCUUUUUGAGACUGGCUGUGACUUCCUCUUCCUGGAGAUGUUCUGUUUGGAUCCAUAUGUUCUUGUGGACCGCAAGUUUCAGCCUUAUAAGCCUUUUUACUAUAUUUUGGACAUUACCUAUGGGAAAGAAGAUGUUCCCCUAUCCUGUGUCAAUGAGAUUGACACAACCCCCCCACCCCAAGUGGCCUAUAGCAAGGAACGAAUUCCAGGCAAGGGUGUUUUCAUUAACACAGGCCCUGAAUUUCUGGUCGGCUGUGACUGCAAGGAUGGGUGCCGGGACAAGUCCAAGUGUGCCUGCCAUCAGCUAACUAUCCAGGCUACAGCCUGCACCCCAGGUGGCCAAGUCAAUCCUAACUCUGGCUACCAAUACAAGAGGCUAGAAGAGUGUCUGCCCACAGGAGUUUAUGAGUGUAACAAACGCUGCAAAUGUGACCCAAACAUGUGCACAAACCGAUUGGUGCAGCAUGGACUACAGGUUCGACUCCAGCUGUUCAAGACACAGAACAAGGGCUGGGGUAUCCGCUGCUUGGAUGACAUUGCCAAAGGUUCCUUUGUCUGUAUUUAUGCAGGCAAAAUUCUGACAGAUGACUUUGCAGACAAGGAGGGCCUGGAAAUGGGUGAUGAGUACUUUGCCAACCUGGACCAUAUUGAGAGCGUGGAGAACUUCAAGGAAGGAUAUGAGAGUGAUGCCCCCUGUUCCUCUGACAGCAGUGGUGUAGACUUGAAGGACCAGGAAGAUGGCAACAGUGGUACGGAGGACCCCGAAGAGUCCAAUGACGACAGCUCAGAUGAUAACUUCUGUAAGGAUGAAGACUUUAGCACCAGCUCAGUGUGGCGCAGCUAUGCUACCCGGCGGCAGACUCGGGGCCAGAAGGAGAAUGGAUUAUCUGAGACAGCUUCCAAGGAUUCCCGCCCCCCUGACCUCGGGCCCCCACAUCUUCCUGGCCCUCUGUCAAUCCCUGUGGGUGGCUGCAAUCCACCUUCCUCUGAAGAGACACCCAAGAACAAGGUGGCCUCAUGGUUGAGCUGCAAUAGUGUCAGUGACGGUGGCUUUGCUGACUCUGAUAGCCAUUCAUCCUUCAAGACUUGCGAAGGUGGGGAAGGCCGGCCCGGGGGCAUCAAAGUAGAAGCUGAGAAAACCUCCACCUCAGGGCUGAGCUUCAAGGAUGAGGGAGACCUCAAGCAGGCCAAGAAAGAGGACCCUGAUGACCGAAACAAGCUGUCAGGAGUUACUGAGAGCUCUCGAAAUUACGGUUACAAUCCUUCUCCCAUGAAAACUGAAGGACUUCGCCGCCCACCUAGUAAGACUAGUAUGCAUCAGAGCCGACGCCUCUUGGCCUCAGCUCAGUCCCACCCUGAAGAUGUCCUGACUCUGUCCAGCAGCACAGAAAGUGAGGGGGAAAGUGGGACCAGCCGAAAGCCCACUGCUGGUCAGACUUCAGCCACAGCAGUUGACAGUGAUGAUAUCCAGACCAUCUCCUCCGGCUCUGAAGGCGAUGACUUUGAGGACAAGAAGAACGUAUCUGGUCCAAUGAAGCGCCAAGUGGCAGUAAAAUCAACCCGAGGCUUUGCUCUUAAAUCAACUCAUGGGAUUGCCAUUAAAUCAACCAACAUGGCGUCUGUGGAAAAGGGGGAAAGUGCACCUGUUCGUAAGAACACACGCCAGUUCUACGAUGGUGAGGAGUCUUGCUACAUCAUCGACGCCAAGCUUGAAGGCAACCUGGGCCGCUACCUCAACCACAGUUGCAGCCCCAACCUGUUUGUCCAGAAUGUCUUCGUGGAUACUCAUGAUCUUCGCUUCCCUUGGGUGGCCUUCUUUGCCAGCAAGAGAAUCCGGGCUGGGACAGAACUUACUUGGGACUACAACUACGAGGUGGGCAGUGUGGAAGGCAAGGAGCUGCUCUGCUGCUGUGGGGCCAUCGAAUGCAGAGGGCGUCUUCUUUAGAGGGCAGCCUUCUUCCUAAUCUGAAUCCUUCCUGAACUGACCAUCCCCAGAAACUGGGUCUUCCUGACUGUUGAACUGUGACCCACCCACCAGGUCUCCAGUCUAGCUACUCCUCCAGCUCCUAGGAGAUAGAAAUGGGGGUUCUGGACCAGGAGAUCCCUUUCAAUGUGGUGCUAGCGGGCAGGGUCCCUCCUCCACCCCUGAGGCACUAGGGGCUAGUGAGAGGUUACCACUCUAACCUGGGCCUGACGUCCUCAGCCCCCCUGCUGCUCAUCCCUCCCAUCCUACAUUUGUUCAAGUGUUCAUGCUUCUAACACACUGUGCUCCUCGUGUGAGGGCUGUGCAUUCACUGUCCCUGGUUUGUAUUGUUUCUGGAAAGUCUUUUAAUAAGAUGUUAAGACUAAGAUUGUGAUUUGAUUUUCUUUCCCUCAGCCCCCAUACUCCCAUUUCUGGGCCUUUCAAUAUUGCAGUCUGUUUUCUCCCAUCCUUCCCAGAUGGGCUGCUGUCAUUAAUCUUGUACCUCCUCUACCUUUGCUUUCCCUUAUUUGCCACAUGAAUUUUUUAAUUGUUAUGUAACCAAGAGGAAGGCAUGAGAAAGACUACCUUAGUUUAUUUAGUUGAUCCCCCUCUAAUUCCUAAUAGUCUCAGACACUUGUCGCCAUGUUUUACUUAAUCUUUAAUAUAUUUUAAUUAAAAAACCAUUAACAGUACAUUUUGGUUUGAAGUGGUCCCACUGCUAAAAGGCCAGGUGCUAGCUGUAAUUCUGGCUUUAAAACCAAAACCCCGAAUGUUUAAUAAAUUAAAAAAUUAGAACUAGUUGCCAUUCUACUCCAAACCAACUAGCCUAAGGGAAGAGGCCAGAGAAAGGAGGCAGUAAGAUCUUGGACCUGGUGACUACAGGGGACAGCUGGCAGAAAAGUAACACGAAGACUGUCUGAGCAGUCCCCAGUAUGGCCCCACUUUUUGGCAGAGGUAGGGUAAGGGUCAUGUUUACCCUCCUACACUCAGUUCAUUUGCAUCUUAGGAGAGAAAAGAUUAAAAGCUCAGCUUUGGUUUCUGGUCCAAGUUAGGGAGCUUAGAAAGGGUGAGCCUUGGUCCAACUUUGGCAGAAUGAGGCCCACAAAUGGGACAGUAAGGCACGACCCUGGCUCUGGAGGUCAGGGGGUCAAAGGCAAACAGCUAGGGCCAAAUUCUGAAGGAUAAGGAAUGUGAGUUGUAAUCCCCACCCCUAGAGCUGAGGAAGGGUCUUGAAAGCAACAGAAAGGACGAGGUGGAAAAUAAAGACUAUGUCCCCUCACCCCUGUGACAAUAUCACUAACCCUCCCCCAGGUGGAGACAUGGGGAUUGGUCGGUCAGGAUUUGGUUUAAAGGCAACUGGGUGACAAGCAGGGGGUGGGGGCAAAGAGAAUAACUCACUUCUGGCGUUCUCCUUUUUCUCCAGAACUUAAAGUGACCCUACUGGGGGGCAGGGGACAGUUCCUUGGCUUUACACAUUAAUCUGAGGGGUGGCAGGGACAGUGGUUCAGUCGUUCUUACGAUGGUUGUUGAUGAG